AUGAAAUUGGGUGAAAUCACCCAUUGUCCAUCUGUCAAUUCAAAAGAGACGAUGAUGGCUCGGGACUGUGAGAUUGACCCGACUUCUUUGUCGAAUCCACUGCUAGCACUCAUCCGAGUGGACGUUCUGUUCGAGUACUUCAGUAACCUCACAUCAGAUUCAGAAAACGGAAUGGGUGUGAUGGCCUUCGGUCUAUUCAUCACGAUUCUCCUCCUUUUCCAUCAAAUUUCUUCGUCGAUUCAACAAGGCGAUCAAGCGGAUCAAUUCACGAAUGAAACCCAACAAGAACUCGUCGAGGCUCGAGGAAAAAUCAGCGAACUCGAGACGGAAAUCGCAAGAAAGCGAAACGAAACGAAGGACAAAGACGUCGAGAUGAGUCGAUUGACAGCAAAAAUGGCUCAAAUCGAGGCGAAUUUAAUAGGGAAAAACGCAAAGUUCGACGCUGAUUUGGUUGAUGGAAGGGAGAGCAAUCGAGAUUUGGAAAGGAAAGUCGCCGAGAUGAAAAGGAAGAACGACGAUCUCGAGGCACAAUUAAAUCGAACCAUAAAUCUCUUGGAUCUUUAUCGGGAUCGAUGGUCGUAUUUGGCAAAAACUGCUUAUUGGUACAAGGCCUUCAAGAAAGAAAUGACAUUUGAUGAAGCUGAGGCUUAUUGUGUGAGUCGAAAGAGCCAUUUAGUCUCAAUUCACAGUCAGGAAGAGCACGAUUUUGUUUUUAGACUCGCAGAGAAUGUUGAUCUGGAUGAUGGAUGGUCGUUCUGGAUCGGACUGAAGAGAAAUUCAAAGAAAGGAAAUGCUUUUGAAUGGACGGAUGGAAGUUCCGUGAAUUUCACGAAUUGGGAUGAAAGAUCGGGACACUCGGGUUCGGACACCCACGCUUGGCUCGGGAGCCACGAUGGGAAAUGGGGAGUCUAUCCUCCUACCUAUCAGAUUCUUUUUAUCUGCAAAACGAGCUCUCAAUUC